CAUGCAUUCAGAGUCCACCGGGGAGCAAGCAUCACGCCUGAACCGCUCCGGCCAACCGCGCCUCCGGAAGUGGGCUCCCCGAGCCCACACCGGAUGCGCCACCUGCAGUUGCAACAAGUGCACCUCGACUGGACGGACAUGCGAUGGCCUGCAGAUCAUGAUCAUCCGGCGUCCCCCCAUGGUCAGCUACGUGAUGCAGAUGCCGUCGGCGUGGGACUACCUGGGGGGAGAGCCCGUGGAGAACGAGAGUUUCCACUUCUUCCGGUCGGUGACGACCAUCAACCUGGCGGGGCUUUUCGACUUUGGCUUCUGGUCGUAUCGCCUGCUGCAGAUGUCGCACCAGUACCCGGCUCUGUGGCACGCCAUCGCCGCCCUGGCCUGGCUGCACCGCGACUUCGCCACGGACAACACCCCCAUGACUGUCUCCCGCACGCGCGACGCCCAGAAGGCCGCCUUUGCCCUGAAACAGUACAACAAAUCCAUGAAAUCGAUGCGAGAGCUGAUGUCCCGCGCGCAUCUGACCCGCGUCGACAAGCUCGCCAUCCUGAGCACCUGCAUCAUGUACAUCGGGGUGGCCAUCCUGCAGAGCUACCACCACCAGGCCUUCCAGCACAUCGGCAGCGUCAUCAAGCUCUUCCACCACUGGAAACUGGGCAUCCAAGUCGACGAAGACGAUAUCGAAAUGGGGAUGAUGACCGCCUGCAUCACCCAGCUGGACAGCCUCGCCCGGCCGCACCUCCCCAGUAAGCAGCCGGCCAUCCCCUGGACCGACAACACCAUCACCCUGAUCCCCAGCGACCGCCCUUUCCGCUCCCUCCCGGAAGCCUACGUGUCGCUGGAAGUGCAUUUCAACCGCAUGAUCCAAUUCUUCACUUCCCUCCAAAACCCAUCCACCGACCUCUCCCGCCCGGAACAAAUCAGCCACGCCCUAUCCAUCAAACAAACAUGCCUCGACGACUUCGCGCACUGGGACCGUCGCAUCGCCGGGUACCUCGCCAUCGCACCGCACGAGAAGGACAACAAAGCCCUCAACCUGCUGUACCUCCGCCGCAGCCUCGCGCGAAUCUCCCUCUCGCUCGACGCCUCCAAAGGCGAGCUCGCCUACGACGAGUUUCUCCCCGACUACACCAACAUGGUAGCCCUAGCCGCGCGCAUCCAGGCCGCCCUAUCCCUACUCCGGCAGUACCCGCGUCGCGAAUGCGCCUGCGAGAGCCAGGUCGCGCUGCACACCGCGGAGGCGCUAACAAGCCUAGAAAGACGGACAUGUUCCGCCGCACCUCCGGGGUCGUGCUCCAUUGGACCAUGGGUCUGUGCGAAUCAUCGCGUCGCGAGGCUGGAGUUGGAGAACCAUACUGAUCAUGAGAUUCAUGCGCAUGCGUGGACUGGGGAGGAUUUGGCGAGGGGGUGGCCCGGGACAACGUUUCGGGUUCAUUUGUGGUGAUUGUGGUUGUGUUUGUAGGUUGUAUUGGGUGGUUGGUUGGUG